GGGCCAAGGGCUCUUGUGAGACUCUUCCCACUUGGGGGGAAUUGAAGGACUGGUCUGGGCGAGGGAGAGUCGGGAGACAAAUAUAAACAGCUUCCUUCUGGCGGGAUGGGUGCCAUUGGGUUCCUGUGGCUGCUGCUGCCCCUGAAGCCGGUGUUUGCGGCGGCCUCAAGCUCCGGGACCGGGACUAGCCAGUUUGCGGGCUCACUCGCCGGGGGGCCGCCACUGCAGCCCCGGGAGCCGCUCAGCUAUUCUCGCCUGCAGAGGAAGAGCCUGGCGGUGGACUUCGUUGUGCCCUCGCUUUUCCGCGUCUACGCCAGAGACCUGCUGCUGCCACCGUCUUUCCUCUCAGAAAUGAGGGCUGGACGGCCUGAGGCGCGCGGCUCGCUGGCUCUAGACUGCGCCCCUCUAGUUAGGCUUCUGGGGCGGCCGCCCGGGAUAUCCUGGACUGCAGGCGCGGGCUCCCCGGCUCCAGCCCGGACACUGUCCAGGGUGCUGAAGGGCGGCUCGGUGCGUAAACUCCGGCGAGCCAAGCAGCUGGUGCUGGAGCUGGGCGAGGAGACAAUUAUUGAGGGGUGCGUAGGGCUCCCAGAGGAGGGGGCUGAGGGACUGCUCCAGUUCAACCUCAGCGAGCUGUUCAACUGGUGGAUUCUCCACGGCGAAGGGCGGCUGAGAAUCCGCCUGAUGCCCGAGAAGAAGGCGUUGGAAGUGGGCAGAGAGGGAAGACUCUCCGCUGCGAUCCGCGCCUCCCAGCCCCGCCUUCUCUUCCAGAUCAUUGAGACCGGUCACAGCUCCUUCGAGUCACCAACAAGCAUGCCUUCUCCUCAUCUUGAUUCUUUUGCAUGGAAUCUAACCUGGGUAAUGAAAGAUUCCUUCCCUUUCCUGUCUCACCGUAGUCGAUAUGGUCUGGAGUGCAGCUUCGACUUCCCCUGUGAGCUGGAGUAUUCCCCUCCUCUGCACGAACAUGGGAACCACAGCUGGUCCUGGCGCCAAGUCCCCUCUGAGGAGGCCUCCCAGAUGGACUUGUUGGAUGGGCCCGAGGCAGAGUACUCCAAGGAGAUGCCUAGAGGCUCCUUUCUCCUCCUCAAUACCUCAGCAAACUCCAAGCACACCAUCCUGAGCCCAUGGAUGCGGAGCAGCAGCGAGAACUGCACACUGGCCGUGGCGGUACACAGGCACCUGCAGCCCUCUGGGAGGUACGUGGCCCAGCUGCUGCCCCACAACGAGGCUGGACGAGAGAUCCUCCUGGUGCCCAGCCCAGGGAAGCAUGGUUGGACAGUGCUGCAGGGACGAAUUGGGCGCCCAGAGAACCCGUUCCGAGUGGCCCUGGAAUACAUCUCAAGUGGAAACCGAAGCCUAUCAGCAGUGGACUUCUUUGCCCUGAAGAACUGCAGCGAAGGAACAUCCCCAGCCUCCAAGAUGGCCUUGCAGAGUUCCUUCACUUGCUGGAAUGGGACAGUCCUUCAGCUCGGGCAGGCCUGCGACUUCCACCAGGACUGUGCCCAGGGAGAGGAUGAAGGCCAGCUGUGCAGUAACCUCCCUGCUGGUUUUUACUGUGACUUCGAGGAUGGCUUCUGUGGCUGGACCCAAGGCACACUCUUGACCCACACACCCCGGUGGCAGGUCAGAACCCUAAAGGAUGCCCGCGUCCAGGGAUACCAAGGCCAAUCCCUGUUGCUCAGCACCACUGAUGUCCCCAUGUCCGAAAGUGCUACAGUGACCAGCGCUACAUUCCCCGCACCCAUGAAGAACUCUCCAUGUGAGCUCCGAAUGUCCUGGCUCAUUCGUGGAGUCCUGAGGGGAAACAUAUCCUUGGUGCUGGUGGAGAACAAAACUGGGAAGGAAGAGGGCAGGAUGGUCUGGCAUGUUGCCACCAAUGAAGGCUUGAGCCUGUGGCAGUGGAUGGUGCUACCUCUCCUCAACGUGUCCGACAGGUUCUGGCUGCAGAUUGUCGCGUGGUGGGGACAAGGAUCCAGAGCCACUGUGGCAUUUGACAAUAUCUCCAUCAGCCUGGACUGCUACCUUACCAUCAGCGGGGAAGACAAGAUGCCACAGAAUACUGCACCCAAAUCAAGAAAUCUGUUUGAGAGAAACCCAAACAAGGAGCUGAAACCCUGGGAAAAUACACCAAGAGAGACUCAGAUCUUUGACCCUACAGUUCACUGGCUGUUCACCACGUGCGGGGCCAGCGGACCCCACGGCCCCACGCAGGCCCAGUGCAACAACGCCUACCGGAACUCCAACCUGAGCGUGAUGGUGGGGAGUGAGGGCCCCCUGAAGGGCAUCCAGAUCUGGAAGGUGCCAGCCACCAACACCUACAGCAUCUCAGGAUACGGAGCCGCUGGCGGGAAAGGCGGGAAGAACACCAUGAUGCGGUCCCAUGGUGUGUCCGUGCUGGGCAUCUUCAACCUGGAGAAGGACGACAUGCUGUACAUCCUGGUCGGGCAGCAGGGGGAGGAUGCCUGCCCCAGCACAAGUCAACUAAUCCAGAAAGUCUGUGUUGGCGAGAACAACGUGAUAGAGGAAGAAAUCCGUGUGAACAGAAGCGUGCAUGAGUGGGCCGGAGGAGGCGGUGGGGGGGGCGGAGCCACAUACGUAUUUAAGAUGAAGGAUGGAGUGCCAAUGCCCCUGAUCAUUGCAGCCGGCGGUGGCGGCAGAGCCUAUGGGGCCAAGACAGACACCUUCCAUCCAGAGAGGCUGGAGAAUAACUCCUCGGUUCUCGGGCUCAACGGCAAUUCCGGAGCCGCAGGUGGUGGAGGUGGCUGGAAUGAUAACACUUCCUUGCCCUGGUCUGGAAAAUCUUUGCUGGAGGGUGCUAUUGGAGGACAUUCCUGCCCCCAGGCCAUGAAGAAGUGGGGGUGGGAGACAAGAGGGGGUUUCGGAGGGGGUGGAGGGGGGUGCUCCUCAGGUGGAGGAGGCGGAGGAUAUAUAGGGGGCAACGCAGCCUCAAACAAUGACCCCGAAAUGGAUGGGGAGGAUGGGGUUUCCUUCAUCAGUCCUCUGGGCAUCCUGUACACCCCAGCUUUAAAAGUGAUGGAGGGCCACGGGGAGGUAAAUAUUAAGCAUUACCUAAACUGCAGUCACUGUGAGGUAGAUGAGUGCCACAUGGACCCUGAGAGCCACAAGGUCAUCUGCUUCUGUGACCACGGGACGGUGCUGGCUGAGGACGGUGUCUCCUGCAUCGUGUCACCUACCCCAGAGCCGCACCUACCGCUCUCGCUGAUCCUCUCUGUUGUGACCUCCGCCCUCGUGGCGGCCCUAGUCCUGGCUUUCUCCGGCAUCAUGAUCGUGUACCGCCGGAAGCACCAGGAACUGCAAGCCAUGCAGAUGGAGCUGCAGAGCCCCGAGUACAAGCUGAGCAAACUCCGCACCUCGACCAUCAUGACUGACUACAACCCCAACUACUGCUUUGCCGGCAAGAUCUCCUCCAUCAGUGACCUGAAGGAGGUGCCACGGAAAAACAUCACCCUCAUCCGGGGUCUGGGCCAUGGAGCAUUUGGGGAGGUGUACGAAGGCCAGGUGUCUGGAAUGCCCAACGACCCAGGCCCCCUGCAAGUGGCUGUCAAGACACUGCCAGAGGUGUGUUCAGAACAGGACGAACUGGAUUUCCUCAUGGAAGCUCUGAUCAUCAGCAAAUUCAACCACCAGAACAUCGUGCGCUGUAUCGGGGUGAGUCUUCAAGCCCUGCCCCGCUUUAUCUUGCUGGAGCUCAUGGCAGGAGGGGACCUCAAGUCUUUCCUUCGAGAGACCCGCCCUCGCCCGAAUCAGCCUUCCUCCCUGGCCAUGCUGGACCUGCUGCACGUGGCCCGCGACAUUGCCUGUGGCUGUCAGUAUUUAGAGGAAAACCACUUCAUCCACCGGGACAUUGCCGCCAGGAACUGCCUCUUGACCUGUCCAGGCCCUGGAAGAGUGGCCAAGAUUGGAGACUUUGGAAUGGCCCGAGACAUCUACAGAGCGAGCUACUACAGAAAAGGUGGAUGUGCAAUGCUUCCCGUUAAAUGGAUGCCCCCAGAGGCCUUCAUGGAAGGAAUAUUUACCUCUAAAACAGACACAUGGUCCUUUGGAGUGCUGCUAUGGGAAAUAUUUUCCCUGGGAUAUAUGCCAUACCCUAGCAAAAGCAACCAGGAAGUUCUGGAGUUCGUGACGAGUGGAGGACGGAUGGACCCACCUAAGAACUGCCCCGGGCCUGUAUACCGGAUAAUGACCCAGUGCUGGCAACAUCAGCCUGAAGACAGGCCCAACUUUGCCAUAAUUCUGGAGAGGAUUGAAUACUGCACCCAGGAUCCAGAUGUAAUCAAUACUGCGUUACCAAUAGAAUACGGUCCACUUAUGGAAGAGGAAGAGAAAGUGCCCAUGAGGCCCAAAGACCCUGAGGGGAUUCCUCCUCUCCUAGUGUCUCCUCAGCAAGCGAAAAGGGAAGGAGAGCACUGCCCGACCGCCCCACCUCCUCUGCCCAGCACCUCCUCGGGCAGAGCCGGGAAGAAGGCGGCCGGGGCCGAGGUCUGUGUCCGAGGCCCUCGAGGGCCGGCCGGGGAAGGGGGACACGUUAACAUGGCCUUCUCUCAGUCCAACCCACCGACAGAGGUGCACAAAGUCCAGGGAUCCCGAAACAAACCGACCAGCUUAUGGAACCCAACCUACGGCUCGUGGUUUGCAGAGAAGCCUGCCGCCAAAAAGAACGAUCCUGUAGCGGCGAGGAAGCAGCAGCGAGAGCAGGGAAAGGCGGGACGCGAGGGAGGCUGUACUGCGCCGCCCAGCGCUGCCGCCGGGAGACUGGCGGGCGCCUCCCUGCUGCUGGAACCGUCCUCGCUGACCGCCAGCAUCAAGGAGGUGCCUCUGUUCCGGCUGCGCCACUUCCCCUGCGGAAACGUCAACUACGGCUACCAGCAGCAGGGCCUGCCUUUGGAGGCCACCGCUGCCCCUGGAACAAGCAAUUACAAGGACUCCAUUCUGAAAAACAAGAACGUGACCCAACCGGGGCCCUGAGCCUGUUGCAUACUCAUUUCUCUUCCUUGGGAACCCUAAGCCUCAGGGCCUAGGUGAUGGUUCCUCUACUCACCAGAGACCAAACGUGAUUUUUCAUUCUGUGCCAACUUGUUUUGAAGUGCCACAUAAAACAGAUGUAUUUUCACGCCUUAGAAAGGUUUUGAGCAUGAGUUCAUCCUAUUCUUUCAAAAGAAGAAAAUAGACGAGUGUUAAACACGGGUGGAUUUGGUUGCGUAAGGCUUUUAUGCAUGGCUGUUGUAUACUUCCUUAUGCUUCUUUUCAAAUGUGUGUGCUCUGCUUCAAUGUAGUCAGAAUUAGCUGCUUCUGUGUUUCAUAGCUGGAGUCACAGAUGUCUCCUUAGCCUUGUUGAUGGUGGACCACUCGACCGGAGAGAAAGCGGAAAUAAAGGAGUUGUUUGUAAUGCUUCAGCAUGGGGAAAGGCAUUCUUUACGUGGAAAAGAAAAUUCAUAGACAACUAACUGAAACUUCACUCGGAUACUUUCAAUUGUGCUGAUUAAUCUGACAAUUGUGAACACGCGGUGAAUACUUUCGAGAAAAUGUGUAUACAUUCAUUUAAACAAAACGCAGACACCCAGAGUGCUUUGAGUAUGAUAAAACACCAGUAUAGAUCCAGAGAUUCAAGCAUCCUAUUAAUUAAUACCUCAUGCCUUAAAAAAUUAUCCUACUAAAAGUGCAAAACUGAGUGUGAGGUAUCCUACUGGAUUUAAAACCCAAUAUAUAAAUUAUUACUUACUUAUUUUAAAAGUUUCCAUUAAUUAAACUCUGAUCACUAAAACACAAAACAUUCAAGCAGCAAUGAUACAUGAAAGCAUAGAAACAUAUCCACUCAUGGGCAUAAGUGUUAAUAUAUUUUAAGCUAAAAACUGCCAACAGUUUCAGUCGUGAACCUACUAAACUGAAAGGUUUCUACUUGUAACGACAGACUGGGCCAGUAGACUAACAGGCACCCCAGUGAUCCUAUGGAGGUUCUAAUGCAGUCCCCCGCUGUUCUGGCACUCACCCAAGUUCUCUCUCCUUUAAUCAUGGGAUCCUAGGGUAUGUGCAAACACAAAUUUGCUGAAAUAUACAUAGCGUAAUUAUCACGGCUAUCAAAUGCAGAUUUAAA